AUGAAGUGGCGGGAGAAAGCAAGCCGGGGACUAGAACAUGGACAUAGCAGAGGACUGGAGCGGCAGGGAGCAGGGAGCUCAGAAGUUCACAGCAGCGACAAUACAUUUUCUACAGCAAAUUAUGAUGAGUCUGCUGAUACUGAAUUACCUCUGACGCUUCAAGUCACUUCAGCAUCUCUGUCAUCCAGGAUUUUGGGUAGGAGAGAUAUUGCUGAAGAUAACCCUCAACCUUUCAUGAAUAUAGAGCAAGAGGACGGAGAAAGUGGCAGACAGAAGAAGAGACUGAAUGCAACUUCAGAACGUCUGUCACGUGUGUCACAUGAAUUAAAAAGAUACUUAUCUGAAAAGCCAGCGAUCAGUUCUCCACAAUUUGAGGUUAAGAGAAAAUGCACUGAUAUGUGUGAUGGGAUAAAGUUGUGGGAAGUUUGGUCUAUGGAUCAGGAGCAGCGAAGCAGAUUACUGGAUGAGACCGGGCAGGCUCAGACCAUUGUACUGACCAUGCUGUUUCAGAAUGGAUCGUCACAGCUUUGUCUAUCUAAGGAUGGAAAUACACUAAUGAAUGGAAUUCUACUAUUAAUUAAAAAGAAGAGUGACUUCGUACCUACUAAUGCUGAACUAUUUCACACCGACGAUACUUACAUUCAUAUGACUAUAACAGAUAAUACCUUGGGGGAAAAAGGUCAGGCACAACAUCACUUUUUAAGAAGCGUGCUACUUCAUAUCUCGCAAAACGGAACUCCGGUUAUUUGCUUCAAUGCAAAGGAUUUUCUUCGGACAAUGUAUGGGAAGUUUAUGAACUGCAGAAAUGUGACACAAAGUUUUAUCUUGGAUCCAAGAAUAGCAGCGUGGCUUUUAAAUCCAGCUGACAGCGGUUCUUCCUUUGAAGAUUUAGUGAAGAAACACUGUGCAUGUUUGGACCUGGGUCCUACAGACAAUGCUCCAGAUACACUUCUCCAAAUCACUUGCAAGAAAUUGACUGUUUUGUACCAUCUAAUGGCGAGCCUGGAACGCAAACUACAGGCAGAAGGAUUGUGGGAUUUGUUUUACAACAUUGAACUUCCACUUACUACAAUUCUUGCUGUCAUGGAAAACAGCUCUAUUGAAAUAAAUCAGGAAGAGCUGAAAAGGACCUCAGCACUAUUAGGGAUUCAUCUUAAAAGACUGGAAAAAGAGGCACAUCAUGCCGCAGGACAAAAGUUCAAGUUGACUAGCAGUAAUGAACUUAGGGCGAUACUAUUCGAAAAGUUCCAGCUGCACUUGAAGUGUAAAAGUAAGCUUCCCCAGACAAACUUGGGCCAUCUCUUAUCUACAGCUGAGCCUACGUUAAAUCAACUGAAAGUCCUGCAUCCAUUGCCUGGAAUUGUUUUACAAUUUAGACAAAUACAGAAAAUAAAGUCAACAUUUGUUGAUGGGCUCUUAACGUACGUUACUAAGGGCUGUGUGUCUCCCACCUGGAAUCAGACGGGCACUGUGAGUGGCAGGCUUUCGGCAAAACAUCCUAACAUCCAAGGCGUUUCCAAGUUUUCAGUUCAGUUUGAGACGCAACAACCUAUAGAAGGGAAAAACAAGGAAACCAUAACCAUUAACCCAAGGUCCAUGUUCGUGUCAACGAAGGGCCAUUCAUUCCUUGCAGCAGACUUCUCCCAGAUAGAGCUGCGUUUACUCGCUCACUUCUCUGCUGAUCCAGAGCUUUUGAAAUUAUUUCAUGAAACAGAAAGAACUGAUGUAUUCGCCAACCUCGCUUCCCAGUGGAAAGAUGUAGAAUAUGAAAACAUAACCCAAACUGAUCGAGAACAGGCAAAACGAGUAGUGUACUCUGUCAUCUAUGGAAUAGGAAAGGAACGUCUUGCAGAAUGUCUGGGUACCACCCCAGCUGAAGCACAUACAUUUAUGGAAUGCUUUCUUCAGAAGUACAAAGUGUCUGACUUCACCCAGAAAGUUAUAGAGCAGUGUCACAGUAAAGGAUUUGUGAUUUCACUUAUGGGACGCAAAAGAUCUCUACCUCAUAUCCAUUCAAAGAACUAUGGCCUAAGGGCCCAGGCAGAAAGGCAAGCAGUCAAUUUUGUCAUCCAAGGAUCUGCUGCUGACUUGUGCAAACUGGCAAUGAUUCAAAUUUCUGCGUCAGUCACAUCGUCUUCUCACCUAACGGCGAGGCUUAUUGCUCAGAUUCAUGAUGAAUUGUUGUUUGAAGUUCAAGAUGCUCAGCUACAAGAAUUUGCAGGUCAGAUCAACAGUGUGCAAUGA